AUGGGGACCGCGGGGAGGGGGAGCUGGGGACACAGUGGCAGCGCCCCCAAUCCUGACCCCAAUCCCAAUCCUGAGCCCAAUCCUGAUCCUGUUCCCAAUCCUAAUCCUGAGCCCAAUCCUGAGCCCAAUCCCUACCCCAAUCCUGAUCCUGAGCCCAAUCCUAAUCCCCAUCCCAACCUCAAUCCCCACCCCAAUCCCAAUCCUGAUCCCGCUCCCAAUCCCAACCUCAAUCCUGAUCCUGAUACCAAUCCCGACCCCAAUCCUGAUCCUGAUACCAAUCCYGACCCCAAUCCUGAUCCUGAUCCUGAUCCCAAUUCUAAUCCCCCUCCCAACCUCAUUCCCCACCCCAAUCUCAAUCCGAGUCCCAAUCCUGAUCCCAGUCCCAAUCCUGAUCCCGAUCCCAAUCCCAAUCCCAACCUCAAUCCUGAUCCUGAUCCCAAUCCCGACCCCAAUCCUGAUCMUGAUCCCAAUCCUAAUCCCCCUCCCAACCUCAAUCCCCACMCCAAUCUCAAUGCCAGUCCCAAUCCUGAUCCCAGUCCCAAUCCCRAUCCCAAUCCCRAUCCCAGGCUCCCGCAGGACUACCGGGAGCGGGGCAUCGUGUCCGGCUACCGCGAGCCGCGCAGCUCCGCCGCCGCCUGCCUGCUCAGCGCCUUCCAGAUGAGCAACGAGACCCUCAACAUCUGGACGCACUUCGUGCCCGCCUGGUACUUCGCGUGGCAGCUGGCGGCGGCGCUGCGGCCGCGCCGCGCGUGGCCCUUCCUCGCCUACCUGCUCUCCUGCUGCCUCUACCCGCUGGCGUCCAGCGGCGCGCACACGUUCGGAGCCAUGUCCCGCCGCGCGCGCCACCUCGGCUACUUCCUCGACUACGCGGCGCUGGGCACCUACAGCCUGGGCUCGGCACUCGCCUACUCGGCGUACGCCUUCCCCCCGGAGUGGCUCGGCGGCACCUUCCACCUCUGCUACGUCCCCGUGGCCGUGCUCAACGCCGCGCUCGCCACCGGCCUCGCCUGCUACUCCAGGAUCGUGGAGCCGGCGCGGCCGCGGCUCGGCAAGGCGGCCCGCACCGCCGCCUUCGCCUGCCCCUACCUCUUCGACAGCAUCCCCAUCUUCUACCGGCUGGGCGCGUGCGCGGCGCGGGGCUGCGCGGGGCCGGCGCUGCCGCUGCACGGGCGGCACACGGCGCUCGCCCUCCUCGCCGGCCUCGUCUUCGCCAGCCACCUGCCCGAGCGCCUGGCGCCCGGCCGCUUCGACCGCCUCGGGCACAGCCACCAGCUCUUCCACGUGUGCGCCAUCCUGGGCACGCACUUCCAGGUGGAGGCCGUCAGGAUGGACAUGGCCGCGCUCCCGGCCGGUGCGGCGCCCGCGGCGCUCAGCACCCUCAUUCCCAUGGGCAUCGGAGCGGGAGCUUCCCUGGCUGUCGUGGCGCUCUGCUCGGCCUCGCUCGGCCGCGUGCAGCAGCCCUCGAGCGCAUGGAAGCUGCAUUAGAGCCCAGGCUCUGCCUUGGGAUCCCCUUUGUGCAGCUCCAUGGAUGGGAUUCCAAGCGACGGACGCAAAGGUGGCACCGAGGAGGGAUUUCCUCAGGCACAUUCCUUGUGCAAACGGGCUUCAAAAUUCUCCAGAUGAAGCACUUUAUACUGCACUGCUCUUUAUAUAGCCUUAAGGAUGGAAACAGAUUCUGAGAUGCUUUUAAUCAAGCUGAGCGUUCACCACACACGCAAWAUUAUAAUAAUCUUGGUUUUUCUCUGUAAAAGGGAGGUAAAUGCUACUGUUUUCCAGAGCAAUAGGCACUCAUGGGUUCUGCCUUAUGGAGGGACGGGACACAGCUGAAAUGCUGGACGUCUGUGGACAUGAAUGUCCUUGUGAUCCUUUUAGACUGGAAGCAAAACCUCGGCUGUGUGGAAAUGAGUGUGAAUCGUGUUAGUGAAUGGAGUGCGGACAGGGGCUGCUCCACACCCAGAUCCCAAGGGGCUUUCCAGGUUUUCCCUGGCGGAUUUGCUUUCCGUGAGGGGGAGAUCCCACACUGUGGAUUCAUGGAGUGGUUUCAGAUCCGUUCCUUGCAUCGCUUCACACCAGCAAGCCGGAUCAUUAGGACAGGUCUUAUAGGGGCUCCCGAGUCGAUGCUUUACCCUUUACCUCCCAGAGAAAUAUCACCCGGCAGGUUAAAAACUGGGAUAUCUCUCACCCACUGCCUUAACCAAAGUGCCUGAUAUGUUAGUGGAAUCGGAUCUGGGCCGUAUUCCAAAUUCCUCUGAAUUUUGGGGUAGCCUCUGCUGUGAGGAUGCCUGUGAUGAGCGUGUCCUAUUGCACUGAUCAAGCGACCUGCAGCAGGUACAAAAAAUAUAACACAAAAAUCACCACCUUGGAACAUUCUCAAGCUUCUUGAUUAUCACACGGGUGUUUAAUUUGUCUUUUGUGUAAUUACCUCUAUUAAGGUGUAAUAGAUGCACUUCUGAGUGAUAGUACAACAGCUCUUUAAAGAUACUGUGGGACAAACAAGUCUUCAAGUCUUUCGAAAAGCAGCUUUCUUUUGAAAGCUGACCAAGAUUUAUAUUAAUAUUUAUAAGCACUGGAACAUAAUUGUUUAUUCAAAGGUUUUAUUUUGUUAAAAGGGAAAACUAAUAUAAUGGUGGCACUGGUAUAUGCUAACCUGAUCUGGAUGAUUCAUAAAAAUAGUGUCUGUGAAAAUAACCACUUCAAAGAUGAUUGCUGAUAAUUGCCAAUUAUUUACCUGGKAUACAUGUGUAACUGGAAAGGAAUCUGGCUUUGUGUGCAAGAAGUGAUUUAAGAGUCUCUAAAAUUUACAUUAAUUUAUUAUAGUUUUUUCUUGGUAGUUUAACUUUUGAAUAUGGGAAGUCUUCUUGUCUUCUUCAAAUGCAACAUGUUAAGCAUAUCAUUAUUUGUAGGGAAAUUACACUAAAAAUACAACCUGUUUUAUGCACUGUAAUAAUCCUUGCGGAUCCUGCAAAACUAUGCAAGACUAACAGAUAUUUUGCACAUAAAGGAGUGAAUGUUGUUUAAUCUUGAUCUCAGCAGCACAGCUAAGCCAGGCUGCACCCUCGGUUGGAGCUCUGCCUUCCAAAGCUGUUUUAUGUACUGAGCUU